CAUUAAUUUAUUAUUCACCCAAGGGGAUCUUCAUUAAAUAUCGGUUAUUGUCAUUAUGAUGAAGCCUUGGAGGGAUGCAGCCACGAUUAUUCUCGCUGCCAGGCACCAGCAGAAGAUUAAUCAAGUGGCGACUCCAGCUGUUUUUCAGUACGACUACAAAUUACUUGGACUGAAACGUCACAAGAAUGCGUCAUUUAUGCCCGGACGUCACGUGUUCCCCGGUGGUACCAUUGAUCCCGCUGACGCUGAUCUGCGAUGGCAGAAUCUCUACUCGAGAUUUGGCUUUGAUUUGACGAGCUUUUCGUCUCUGGUUCCUACGGCGACCUCAAGGCCCCUGAUUUUUAAAUCCAGGAGGAAUGAAUUACCUAGAGAGGUUUCCCUGAGAAUAAGUGCCAUUCGAGAGACCUUUGAGGAGUCUGGCGUGCUCCUCUGCAGGCAGUCUCGGAAGAAGGGCAUUUGGUCAGAGUGGGCUGAGAGUUUUAAAUUGGAAAAGGCGGAGAUGAAGAGCUGGCAGGAACGCGUCCAUAACGAAGCAAGUGAGUUCUACAAAAUGUGCGAGGGUUUCCACUGUUUUCCAGACGUUUGGUCCCUCCAUGAAUGGAGCAACUGGCUGACCCCACCAUUCAUCCCAGGAAAAAGGUUCGACACAAUUUUCUUCCUCGCCUGCAUGCCCUCAGUACCAGAUGUUCAGUGUGAACCUUCAGAGAUUGAGGAGUUGAGGUGGGAUUUUCCGAAGGAUUUAAUCAAUCCUACAGCAAGAAUUUCCCUAGCUCCACCACAACAUUACGAAAUUGGUAGAAUAGCGAAAUUCGAGUCGAUGGAUAAUUUACUGGAUUUUGCUGUGCAUAGAAGUAAAAUUGGAAGUCAUUUGAUUUGUGCUGUCAGAGCAAAGUUAGCAGACGGAACAGUCUUCCUCCUCCCUGAAGACUCUAUGUACCCAAAAGACGCUAAUCACAUUGAAGUACAGGAUCUCGACUUCACUAACAUGACAAUUGCUGAAUUUCGCAGUACUUCAGAGUGUAAAAACCGUCUCGAGCUGUACGACAUUGAAGUAAAACGUGUCGUCUCUGAGAAUAUUGACUCCAAGGACGGUCACCUCAAUCCUCUUCCAUUGGAAACCGUUCAUGUGAAGUCUAGAGUCAGUAAGUUGUGAGUAGAAAUUCGUUUAUGUUAACUUGUUCAUUUGUUUUGCCAAAUAAAUUCUAUUUUUUACUUCCAAA